GCCAUGGACACGGCGAGGCUUGCAGCAGCUGCUGUAGAUUUACUCGGCUAGUUAGUCAGUUUGAGUUGUGAGUUUCUCUGCGAUAACCCGUAUUUUUUAAUGAAAUUUGUGGCUAAUUCAGUUUUUUUAGCAGCCCAGCUGUGAAUUCAUUACUUGCAGAGCCAGGCGGACGCAGACACCGCUACAUUUAGGCUCUGGAGUGUUUUUGUUAAGCUAUGUUUAAAAAGCUAAUAAGCUAACGCUAACUUGUUAGCUAUGUAAGUUAGUUAACCUAGCUAAAUAGCUAACUAGCCUAGCUAAAUAAUUGUAUUCAAUAUUUACCGACGUCUAAAUGGCCUCUAAUCUAAAUGAAGAGGUUGAACUCAGCAAGAAACACGAGGAAAUUUUGGGGAGGAGAGCUGUUUUACUGCAACAGAUGGAGAUUUGUUAUGAACAGCAGAAGGCCAAGAAAAAGCAGCAGGCCAUGGCAUCUCAAGCUGCACAUGAAAGAAACAUGAAAAUAUUGGAGGAUUUUCAAAAACUAGAAAACUGUCUCCAGACGCGACCACUCCUACAUCCAGAUGUCAUUAACCUCCAGACCCGUUAUUGGGCAUCUGUGGAGCAGAAGCUUCCAGAAUGGGAGAACUACUUACUGGGAAAGGGUCCAGCACCUGUAACUGAAGCGGGACAAGGAUGUUAUGGACACAGAGGUACCCGGCAAGACUCCUCACCUGCAAGGGACAAGGGGAAGCCUCCGCGGCCCAAACCAAAAUCUGUCAUUGGACAUUGCCUAUAAUGCCUAUACUCCACUGGCCUGGUCCAGUGGGUGGAGGCUUAUCUGCUCACCCUGCUUACAUAUAAAGCACAUGUAGUUUGGAGAGGCAUAGCGUACAAUUUGUGUUUAUGUCAGAGUAUGUUACACACCUAAAGUUUUAAAUUACUCCUCAAAAUUAAGAAAUCUCACGGCCACCACAGCCUAGGAUCAUUAGCAGCAUCCGCAGCCUGGGCGGUCUGAGAGGGGAUGUCCAUAUGGGCUGUGUGUGAGUGUGUGUGGGUGUGCUAAUUUCCUUCCACUUUGGUUAGUGUUGUGAGUAACACACUUCCAAAUAAUUCCUGUGUGUGAUUUAUUUAUAUGAAAUUUAUAAAUAAAAUGCGGUCUGACACCUAGCUUGAUUAUUAAACAGUGGGAGGAUGUGAAUGGGCAGCAGAACUAUUUCUAGGAUAGUUAGUAGCACUAACAGGUCACAGUCAUUGCCACUCACUGCAGGUGCUGUCCUCUGUGGGUUGUUUUAUUGGCCUUCUAAGACAUGUUUCCGGUACAUACAUCCGACUGUGGAUUCAGGAAUGUUAAAUGCCCACAAAUCUUUGGAAAUGGAAUCUUUCUGUCCCAUCCACCCGCUAUCAGGCCUCACUCAAACUCUGAUGAUGUAUGUUACUUUAUCAUGAGUAUGCUGGCAAGUGUUCAGCUUCACUCACAAGAGAACACCUCACAACUUACACGACAGGUAUAUAUUUAAGCAAAAAUACACCAGAGGGAGUGCGUGUAAUAGGCCUCAGUUAAAAUAGCUCCAUUGCUGCUCUGUUUGUAGCUGUGCUGUUUGGCAUGUAAGCGCUGAGUCAUUGCUAGGUUACCUGUACGUGGUGGAGAAACGGCACUCACAAAACACCUCUCAGCCAAUCACAUUGCAGGAUUGAACCAACUGUUGUAUAAUAUUUAAUAUACAAACUGUUAUCCCAUCACUUUUGGCACACAUUUGCACACUAAACUUAUCAAGCUUUGUUUCUUAUAUUAAGAAGAAAUAGAAAUAGAAGAAAUGCAAUAUGCAUUAUAAAAUUUGAAUUGCUGAACUUAAUAUUGGCAAUUCAUCAACAGUGGCAUUUUUUAAAUUCUUUAAAACCAUAAUUUAUUUGUAUUAUUACAGUAUUCAUUAUUUUAUUUGCUGAAAUGAUUGGUAUUACAUCAGAUUUGUUGUUUUCCAAUCUUGUGAAUGAAAACUCUCAUACAUAAGUAUUUUCAAUUAUUUGUAAAAUCUGAGAUGCAAAAACCUUGAAUCUCCAUUUUUGACAUGUUUACUUUUUGACAUAAUAUAAAUCUGGCAGUUUUAACAUUGUAUCACCAUUUCAAGAUGAAUUGGCCAACAGAAAUGCUCCAAAAUCUUUUUACAUUCACUUUUAUUGAAAGUUAAUGAUUUUUCCUUCUCCUGUAAAUGCCAUUUUGGAGAUACAAGGUUAUGAAGUGUGAAACACUUUAAUGCACCAUGCUUUUCCAAUAUUAUUUAGUGUAAAUUUGAUCAUUUAGCUAUGCUUUAUAUUUGUAGGCUCAACUGAUUGACUUUAUGACUGUCUCCACAAGGUGGUGCACUAGUAUCAGUAGUACCAAUUCAAACUUCUCAUUCCUAUUAGUUAAACAUGUGUGGAUUUGAGAUUUGAUUGGUUUAUGUUUGUACUCUGAAAAAAUACACUCUGUGGACAAAAGCAUUUAGACACAUAUAUUUAUAAUUUCUUGUGAAAUCAAUGGAAAUAAAAAAGAGUUUAUUCUA